ACUCUUAUAUAUAUUAUAUUGGUGAUCGACCGACAAAGGAUCCUAACUCUGCCCAUUAAUGAAGGCGACAAGGUCUUUGAUUCUCCACUGAUGUUGCAGAUAUAUGUCCCUCAACACCAUCCUCUUUUUUCACUCUAAUAUACUACUACUACUGUUUCUCUCUGCAACCAACAGUAGCAGUGAUCAAACCCUUUAUUAAUUUUAUGAAUACCUAGUAAUAUAUAUAUAUAUAUAUAUAUAGUACAUACAUACACACACAAUUACACUUUGAACCACUCAGUACAUCUUCUUUUAAUUUUCUCUCAUCUCUUUCUUUUUCUAUUAUUGUACCAUGAAUAAUUUCCAUCCAAACACUUCUCUUCACCUGAGUCAUCAUCAUCAUCAUCACUUACCUACUGCAGAUGAGAAUUCAAUCAACCUUGACCUUCUUCUUGAACCUUCUUCUUCUUCAACUUCUUCAUCUUCACCUCUUAGUGGUGGUGGUGGUGGUAAUAAUUAUAAUAAUAUGACAGAGGCAAGGGUAUUCUCAUGCAACUACUGCCAAAGAAAGUUCUACAGCUCUCAGGCCUUGGGAGGACACCAGAACGCUCACAAGCUUGAAAGGACGCUGGCCAAGAAGACCAGGGAGAUCACUUCAUCCAUGCAAGAUCACAGAUCAAACUUCAUCAAUUCUACUACUACUACUACAUCACAUCAUGCUUUUGGUGUUCUUGAGAACCAUGUCCAUGGUGCUGGAGGAAGAAGAGAUAACAAUAGCUUCAGCUACGGCGGUUCAAAACAAUUAGGUGUGGCUGCUUCUUGGUCCCGUGGUUACACUACUACUACUUCUGAAAAUGUUCAUCAGGAAGAUAUUAGCCAACUUGACUUGUCAUUAAGGCUUUGAAACUUAUGAUGAUGAACAUGAUGAACAAGAAAAAUUCUGGAUUUUUCUGAUUAUGAAUGAUGAACAAUAAUAUAAUGUGGCCGUAGAUAGGAGGAUGUAAGUGGGGGAAGCAAAAAUCAUGCUUAAAAGAUCGAUCCAAGUUGUUGAUGUACCACUGCCACUUUUUCUUUACAAGGUAAAUAAUGAGAGGCUGGAUUUCAGGUUACAUAGGUUACCAUAUUCAUGACUACAUAGCUCUACUGCAAUUUUAAUGUUCUUGCUUUUAUUUGUGUUUUCUUUUUUGUACUGUGUAUGUGUAAAACUUUAAUUUGUCACAAGUUAUCAUCUAUAUGGUUGAAAUCUGAGACAGUACUACUUUCUAGAGA